AUGGCUCGAUACCCUCAAGUGUCUACUCAAACCCGGUCGGUGCAUGCCACCGCAGCGCCCUUUGUCAACCACGCCUCGCCAGCUGACGCCAACUACGAUACUGCCAACCCGUCAUACAUCCGCAAGUACCUGCGCACUUACGGCCUCACUCCCCCUCGCGCCGAGGGCUACGAGACCCAAAAGACACGAUGCCUGGCCCAGCUCGGUCUCAAGAACACCCCUAUCGACAAAUUCCUCUACCUCAGCACUCUGCGCAAGAACAAUGUGCACCUAUUCUACCGUCUCGUGACCGACCACCUCAGGGAAUUGACGCCUCUGAUCUACACCCCAGUGGUGGGCGAGGCCUGCCAACGCUGGUCCGAGAUCUACCAGCAACCCGAAGGAAUGUACCUGAGCUGGGAGGAUCGCGGGAAUCUCGCUUCCGUCAUUGCCAAUUGGCCCCAGCCCAAUGUUGAGAUCACAUGUAUCACCGAUGGCUCCCGUAUUCUGGGACUGGGUGAUCUGGGUAUCAACGGCAUGGGUAUCCCCAUUGGCAAGCUUGCUCUGUACACUGCCUGUGCGGGUAUUCGUCCCGAGGCAACCCUGCCUCUGACUCUCGAUCUGGGUACCAGUAACAAGGCCCUCCGGGAAGACCCGCUGUACAUGGGUAGCCGUCGUGACAAGAUCUCCUCCGAGGAGGAGCGGGAGUUCUUGGACGAGCUGAUGGGUGCUCUUACUGAGCGCUGGCCCGGUAUUGUCAUCCAAUUUGAGGAUUUCAAGAACCCCUUCCCCGCUCUUGAGCGUUACCGUGAUCUAUACACCUGCUUCAACGAUGACAUCCAGGGUACUGGCGCUGUCAUCCUCGGCGGUGUCAUCAAUGCUGUCAAGCGCUCCGGUCUGCCCUGCAAGGAGCACCGCGCUGUGUUCUUUGGUGCCGGCAGCGCCGGUGUCGGGGUUGCCCGUCAGAUCGUCGAGUUCUUCAUGCGCGAAGGCAUGACCGAGGACGAGGCCCGCAACUGCUUCUACCUCGUCGACACCAAGGGUCUCGUCACUGCCGACCGCGGUGACAAGCUCGCUGACCACAAGGUCUACUUCGCCCGCCAGGACAACAACGGCGAGCAGUACAAGACCCUCGAGGAGGUCAUUGACCACGUCAAGCCCUCCAUUCUCAUGGGUCUCUCCACUAUGGGAGGUGUCUUCACCCCUGAGAUCCUCCGCAAGAUGGCCGAUUGGAACACCGCCCCUCUCAUCUUCCCCCUCUCCAACCCCUCCUCCAAGUCCGAGUGUGACUUUGAGACGGCCGUCAAGAACACCGACGGCCGCUGCCUCUUCGCCUCCGGUUCCCCCUUCCCCACCUGCACCUUCACCAACUCCGCCGGCGAGACCCGCACCUACUACCCCGGCCAGGGCAACAACAUGUACGUCUUCCCCGGUAUCGGCCUGGGCAGCAUCCUGUCCAAGGCCGUCCGCGUCACCGACAGCAUGAUCUACGCCUCCGGUGAAGCCCUCUCGCAAGCCCUCACCUCCGAGGAGCUUGAGCGUGGCCUCCUCUACCCGGACAUCACCCGCAUCCGCGAGGUCAGCAUCGUUGUCACCCGCAAGGUGAUGCGCGCCGCCCAGGAGGACAAGGUCGACCGCGAGACUGCGCUCCGCUCUAUGAGCGACGUCGAGAUGGACAACUGGAUCAAGGCCCGCAUGUACGACCCUCACACUGAGGUCCGCGCUCUGGAGCGCGAGGUCGGUCACCUUCUCUCCAGCCUCGGCACAAUCUCGCCGCCCCUCACGGCGAACGGCUCCCCUACCGAGGAGAAGAAUGCUAAGCUGUAA